UCCUCAGUCGCUACGCCACAUACACAAACAGCUAGUGAAAUUAAAUUCAUGGAGACUCACUUUUCUUCCCUCUCUCUUCUCUUCCUCUUUCUCUUCAUCUCUUCUUCUCUCCCAUCUCCAUCUCUCUCCGCCUCCGUCCGCUGCCACCCGAAUGACAGAAGGGUCCUCCUGAGCAUCAAGGAGUCCCUAAACAAUCCUCCCAUCCUCGCCUCCUGGAAACCCAAUACCGACUGUUGUAACUGGGACCAAGUCGAAUGCCACCCCAGAACAGACCGCAUCACUCUACUCAUCAUCAGCAAAAUCAAUACUCCCGUCCAAAUCCCAGAGGCCGUCGGCGACCUCCCUUACCUCGAAAGACUAAUCUUCACUGAGAUGAACCUCACCGGCUCCAUUCCAUACUCCAUCACCAAGCUCAACAACCUCAAGUUCCUUCGCGUCUGGAUCACCACUCUCUCCUCCCCCAUCCCUGAGUUCAUCGGCCAACUCAAAAACCUCGAAUACCUCGAUCUCUCCGACAACCAGCUCUACGGCCCAAUUCCUUCUUCCUUAGGAAACCUCAACAAACUGACUGGCCUUCAACUCGAAAAGAACAAACUCACGGGAAGCAUACCCGACUCGUUUGGAAGGUUCAAAAACAAACUCGAUUGGUUUGACGUCUCUCACAACCUGCUUUCUGGUAAGAUUCCCAACUCGCUAGGAGAACUGGACUGUAAGACUACAUCUAUGGCUGAUAACAAGCUCGUCGGGGACGCAUCGAUUCUAUUCAAGGAGAACGGAAGGACGACGUCCAUAGAUUUGUCGAACAACCGUUUGGACUUUGAUCUAGCGAAAGUGAGGUUUCCAAAGAAUGUGACAUAUGUGCAAUUAUCUCACAACAGGAUUCGAGGGAGUAUACCGGAGCAGGUCACCGAGUUAGUUAACCUGGAAGUGAUGGAUUUGAGUUAUAACAGAUUGUGUGGAAAGAUUCCGUUCGGCGGGAAGGUGCAGGAGCUGGGUCUUUACUCGUUUGAACAUAAUCGUUGUUUGUGUGGUUCGCCACUGCCUGCCUGCAAAUCAAUCCGGUCACCAUGAUUGAAGACAAUGGGUGUUUGAAUAUUCGAGUGUUUGGUAUCUGCACAAAAGUCCAGAUUAAUUGAAUAAAAUGCAGCAAGCACUUCUUUUAUGUAUUUUUUUUUAAUUAUGCAAUUUAUGUGUGUUUUCUUCAGAAAUAGUGGGAAUAAUAUGCAUGUAAUGUAAUACUAAGUUUUGAAUGUUAAUUAAUUUGCCAUGAACUCUCA